AUGCAGUUCAUGGGACGCUCUCUAGAUUGGCCACGUGUCUUCGGUAGGAAAUGUGGCUUUUCAGUUUUCAAGGAUAACACAGAGGGAUACAAUUAUUAUGCAGAGCUUGAAGCCCAAUUCGGACUGGAAGCUGUGAGUGCUUGUGCUGGUCUUCUCUCUUUCCAUUCUUUCUACGGUCUUCGCUGCCGCAGAUUUGACUGGAGAGUCUUGCCUGAGUUGGAGGUAGUUGUUAAGGAGGAAGAGUUUGACGAAGCUUUCGAGACGUUUGAUGGUUGUGUAGUUGGGGAAGUCAUGCGGGCGUUCCUCGCUGGCCGUGUUGGGGAAAGCAAUAGCGUUCCCCUUCGUCGUUCUUUCAUUCCUGGGGUUGAGUCACUUCCUCAUGGUAGGAUACUUGAGCUCCUGGGUGCCAGUGAAGAGGAAAUCCAAAGACUUAUGCCAAAAAGGGCUUUGGGAACUGUGUGUAAUGGGCGUGAGGCCGUUCCUGGUAGGGGAGUUUGUAGACCCGGUAGGCGUCAGUCUGGUGGGUCUCGGUGUGGUGUUGGGCCUCGUCCUCCACGGAGGAGGCAUUCUGGCUCUUCUGGUCGUUCUUCUCAUGAUCACAGGACUGGCUCUCGUCGCCGUGCUUCGCGACACUCAGCUUUUGGAGUAGGGAGACUUAUUCGCCCCUUAUCCUCUAUCAAUCGUGAACCUCAGAAUCGCCCUCUAGAAUUGUAUUACCAACCUCGUCCUUUACGAAUAAUCUACCCCAUUGUUGAAUCUCUUGUCGCUUUAUGCACAUCUUGUGGCCAUGUUCCUCAAAUUCCUAAAUCCUUUCAUAGCCGUAAAUAUGACAAAUCAACUGACAACUGGUUAGGUAGGUACCACCCAAAGGAUGCUCGGCUCAUAGAUCUGUUGCCUGGUGUGGGGCCGAUCUCUUUAGCUCCAUACCGGAUGUCGCCACCGGAGUUGGCAGAGCUGAAGAAGCAUAUUGAGGAUCUUUCAGCGAAAGAUUUCAUUAGACCGAGUGAUGUCCCGAAGACCGCAUUUCGCUCGAGAUAUGGUCAUUUUGAGUACUUGGUGAUUCCGUUCGGUCUCACCAAUGCACCUGCUGUGUUCAUGGAUUACAUGAACCGGAUUUUUCAGCCGUACCUGGAUCAGUUUGUGAUCGUCUUCAUUGACGAUAUUUUGAUUUACUCCAAGACGGAGGAGGAGCAUGUGGGGCAUUUGAGAACUGUUCUGCAAGUGCUGAAGGAGAAGAAGCUGUAUGCAAAGCCUUCCAAAUGUGAGUUCUGGCUCAAGUCUGUGAAGUUUCUUGGGCAUGUUAUUUCUGCUGAGGGAGUUGCAGUGGAUCCGAACAAGAUUGAGGCCGUGCUGGAUUGGGAGAGACCCAAGACAGUUACGGAAGUGAGGAGCUUUCUGGGUUUGGCAGGUUACUAUCGGAGGUUCAUCAAGGGAUUCUCCACCAUGGUUUUGCCAUUGACUCGCCUUACUCGGAAGGAGACUCCAUUUGUGUGGACUCACGAGUGUGAGGUCUGUUUUCAGGAGUUGAAGGAGAGACUGACUACUGCUCCUGUGUUGGUCCUUCCUGAUCCUGCGCUUGAGAUUGAGCUUUACACCGACGCCUCCGGGAAGGGGCUAGGUUGUGUGUUGAUGCAGUUGGGCAAAGUGAUUGCCUAUGCUUCGAGGCAGUUGAAACCUCAUGAGGAGAACUACCCUACUCAUGACUUGGAGUUGGCUGCUAUUGUGUUUGCUUUCAAGAUUUGGAGGCAUUAUCUUUUUGGCUUGAGGUUUGUGGUUUUCAGUGACCACAAGAGUUUGAAGUACCUGUUCGACCAGAAGGAGUUAAACAUGAGGCAGAGGAGAUGGAUGGAGUUCAUAAAGGACUACGACUUCGAGCUAAGGUAUCAUCCUGGAAAGGCCAAUGCUAUUGGUACGCAGUUGAGAUUGAGUACCACCUAUCACCCUCAGACUGAUGGACAGACUGAGAGG